AUGUCCAAUUCCAGAGGCAUCGAAAAGCAUCUCGACUUCCCCGUUGGCUCCGCAGAGUACCAGCCCGGCAACUUUUCGCAGCAACGCAGUCCCCAGUACAAAAUCUCCAACGAAUCCGCAUCAGCUCUCGCCGAGGGCUACGGCGCUCCCGCAGAUUCGGGCCACGACAGCGACUUCGUCGUCAUAACUCGCGGCGAGGUCACUGCUUCGGGGCCGCCCUCGGAGGCCACCGGCUCUGACGACACCGUCAUCGACAGCGCCGUUAUGAGUGGGGCCGCUGGAGCUCCAGCAGUCCUGGACUCUGCUCUGACCCAGAACAAUAUCCAUCUCCACGAUCGUGUAUGCCCGCUCGGCACCAUGCCCACAUACCAAUGGAUAUGGGGUCAGCCCUGCCCCGGUCGCUUCGACAUCAAGGACACUUCGUCCAGGGAGAGCAUGAUGGUCCACGUCGCCCACUCGCGCGCCAGUCAGGCAACUGAUAGCCUGGAGAACGAAUACGGCGUCGUCAACCACCCUCCCGAAUCAUUCAUUGCCUUUGCUGGCCACUGGGCCUAUGUCCCCGCCGGCCCUAUGCCGCUGGAUGAUGAUGAAUCCGAUCCACUAAAGUGA